CAAUGCCAGUCUAAAAUUAUCCAGAGCCUUGGCAAUCGAUGCCGUAGUCCUGGUCACGAGGGAGUCGCGUGUCGCGUCUCCCUGAGCUGGUGUUGCUUGGUGCACAGGGAUUUGGAGUUGGCCACAGUCGUCCCUGAGUUUUGCGCAGGCAUCGAUCUGCCCGUCUACCUCUACGGCAGUAUGCCACUGUGCCUGUAUGACUGUAAGGCCAUGCGGCCCUACGGAUGCCAAUGUGUUCGUACAAUGCGCUCGGCAGUGCCGCGUGUGCUCGUCGAUGGGGUAGCCACGGGAGUGCGGGCGCUCUUCGCGGGAGGAACCUGGUUCGUUAUCCGGGAAGCAUGCGCGCCCGUACACGCCGUCUCCUCACGUGGCUGACAGGAGUGCCGAUUCUCAUUCUUUUGGCAUUGAGACUUCUCUCCAAAGGAUUCCUGCCGGUGUUUGGUACCUCGGGAAAGCGGCAGGAACCUCAUUCAGCCGGGAUCCCCGGACUCCUUCGACGGCAGCAGCACAGUCAUCGACCUCGGGACGAAAGUCGUCCACCCGCUUACACUGCUGGGCUCUAUAUGACUGGUCGUCGACCUGGAAAUGUUAGCGCAUGUCAAUGGCGUUACGGACUCCCGCAUAGUCUUUCAUAUCCGGUGAAAAAUCUUGAAUGGAGUCCUGAGGCCGGGGAAAGGGGCCCUUAUCGGGUAUUAUCUUCGGUUAUACUCGGAGCGCAUUCGCCACCUAAAGAACCUUUCCAGGAACUACCUCGAUUGACCUUGUGCACCCACGCUACUGCUGAUCAGGUCUACGCCGUGGUGGAGCUGGCAAGAAGAUGGGAAGGUCCUCUGAGUAUGGCAAUUUUUGUUCCUGGGAUGGAUGCGGCUUUGGCCGUGUCUCUUCUAGAUCGUGCUUGCCACUGCGAACCGGAAAUGUUCAAAGUCUCUGUGCACCUAGUGUUUCCCACAGGGUAUCCUCCCGCCUUGGAACCUGGAAUUCAUCCAGAGAAUAAUUGCGCAGCCUCGGAUCUGCAAUGGCGGGAAGAAGAGACCGUGAGGAGGAUACAUGACAUGGUAUACCCCAUAAACGUAGCCAGGAACGUCGCCAGGAUGAAGGCGUACACCAAUCAAGUUCUAGUAUCGGACAUUGAACUUUUACCGAGUAAAAAUCUGGCUUCCGGCUUUUUAGAAAUGAUCAGGGGUCGCGUACCUCGUGCUCGUGUCGUCUUCGUAACUCCUGUUUUUGAGAUCGAAUCCAAUGAGGUUCCACCUAGCACUAAAAAGGAACUUCUCGCCGCCGCUAGAUCCGGUCUGGCUGUUUACUUCCACAGGUUCCAGUGUGCUCACUGCCAGAGGUUUCCUGGGCUAACCAGGUGGAUGCUCAGACCUGAUCCUGGUAGAGUGAAACCCCUCAUUGUCACUAAAAGAGAAUUUCCUCAUCAUCGAUGGGAACCGGUCUUUGUAGGGACACGCGAUGAUCCUUUUUAUACGGAGGACAUGUCCUGGGAAGGUCGACAAGAUAAAAUGACUCAGAUGUUCGAGAUGUGCCUUUUGAACUAUCGUCUGGUGGUGCUGGAUGGCGCCUUCCUGGUGCACACACCAGGUAUCAAGAGGAAGCCUACCAGAAAUAAAAAUUCUCAGGAUGAUGGAAUUCAUAUGCAUGUAAAAAAGAAUGCCCGAGUAUAUCAGAAUGUGGUGCAACGUCUUCAGCAACAAUACCCAAUGAAUAGACGGUGCAGACAAUAGGUCUAUUUAAUAUCACACAAAGUGAUAAUAAGAAAAUAACAGAAAAUGUUAUGAGAAAGCAUAUCUACAAUUUAUCCUACGACUCGUAAAAUGAGCUUUCUUAGGGCGUCCAUGAGAAUGACAUAACGUUAUGCGAAUAUAGCUAACACUGACCAUCAGGACGUAGUGUGAACCGUUUCCAAGGCGGUCAGGGACACGUGAUAAGGCUCCCAUGAUCGAUUCCGUGUGGCGAGUCACCCUCUUACAUCGUUGUAUGUUCUAGGUGAAUUUUCACGAUGAAACCUUUGUAUAUAGAAGUUUUUGGAGCCGCUGAUUACGAAUUUGAGAUAAAAAUGACGAAAUUCAAAAUUAAACAUCUCAAGCAUGUCAUUUUAUACAUUUUUUGGAUCGCCGAUGAUGAAGCUAUAAAUUGCUAUAUUUUUAUUUCUAAAAUUUUCUUUUCACGACGUAAGUAUCGUUGCACUUACGUUAAUGGAUUAACAGGUAAAAAAGGGAUAGGCGGGAUUACAAUACAAACGGUUAUACAUAAUAUAACUCAUGUGUUUCGAGAAACGCUAUUUUGUAUUGAUGAAUAAUAAAUAUAAACUAGUUAAAUCAUUAAUAACGUUAUCUAUACAUUGAUAGGUAGGAAAUGAAGAAAAUAUUAUUAAAAGUAUUUUUUUCUUUGAGGAAAAGGCACUAAAUGAGUUAUGUGAUCCUCGUUAACAGUUCCUGUAGAAAACGCAUUCUACUAUUUAAAAAGAAAGACCACUGUAUUUAUUAUCCUCAUAUUUACUUGAGGCACGAUAAGGAAUAAUAAAUAUCAAAUUCUGUUGAAUA